CUCGAUUCAACUUCCAGAAUGGCUCCUCUCACUUUCGCUCCCUCUGAAUUCCAGCUGGAAAUCAAGAGCAAAUUCAAAGUCCAGGGCGGAUGCAAAGACUUUGAAGCUGCUUUUGCCCGCCGAUCCAUGAUGUUGAUACGACGUCUGUUGGGCGAUGAGCGCCUGACAGAGCUCCUCCAGGACGAAAUCAGGGCCAGCGACGCCUACUGGAAGAAGACUUACGCCGAGUCCAAUGGAAAGUGGCGCGCAUCCCGCAUCCAAGUCUCGCCCCGUGGAAUCAGCAUCAAAGACUUUCACUCCUGGUUCAUGCAAGAGACCACUCCUGAUGCGGAGAAGGUCGCAUCUCACCCAGAGCACUGGGUUAUCAGCACUCUCCCGGGUUCGACUGAUAUGUCCGUUCUAGAGACAUUGGGCGACAAAGUCACACUCUUUAAGAUGACCACCGUCGACGAUGUUCCGGAUUUCAUUGAUCAGGUUGCUGAGUAUCCUAUCAAGAUGAAGUUCCGGGGGUUCACCGAGGGAAACGUCCAUAUGGCUGAGGUGUACCAUCAAUUCAAGGAGAAUGCAGAUGGACAGAGCUUCGAUGCGGACUUGGCGGUGUAUUUCCCAGCAGCUUGUGGGGAUGAUCUGAUUGAGACUCAUCGCCAGCACCUGCUUGUGGAAUUUAACAAUUGGUUCCAGCAAGCUUAUCUGGCCAAACAGUCUUCCUAGGGCCUCAUUAUCUUUGAAACUCCCAUGU